AAGGUGUCUAGCAUCCACCAGCUCUGUGAUGUCAUCAUGGAGGAGUGGAAGAGGACUCCAGUGGCAACCUGUGAAGCUCUGGUGAACUCCAUGCCCAAAAGCUGGAGAAUAAUGGUGGCCACACAAAAUAUUGACACUUUGUGUGUUGAAUUAUUUUGAGGGGACAGCAAAUUUACACUGUUAUACAGGCUGUACACUCACUACUUUACAUUGUAGCAGAGCGGCAUUUCUUCAGUGUUGUCACAUGAAAAGAUAUAAUAAAAUAUUUACAAAAAUGUCAGGGAUGUACUCACUAUCGCACUUUCACUCCUUUCGUUUUAUGUUUAUGUUUAGGUUUCGUUUUGUAGUUCAGUUCUUAGUAUUACUAGAAGGUAUGGCUCUCACAAACCACACAGUUCCUGUCUCACACGAAAUGCUUUCGGCGGCGUAUUUAUUCUGCAGGUCUCUCAGUUUCAGCGUCAUUCAGUCCUAACUGGGAUCUGUGAAGGCAGAGUGCGACUUUAACAAGAAGCCCUCUAUUUACUUCAGGAAGCCAAAUUUAAUUACAUCAUUUACAUUAAAUAUACAAAGGUAAUUAAUCAGCUGGGAAAUUGUUGUUGUUGUUGUGUGUUUUGCUGAACUGGGGCACUUCAUUACACAUUACUGUACAUUUAGUUACUGUUGUACAGAGCAGACGGAGAAACAGCAGCCGAAUGGAUCAGCUGGACUUUAUAACUCAUGAGGAGUUGGUUGUUUUUUUUCGCCGCAAGAAGACGGAGAUCUCUUGUAUAAGGGAACUGCACGUCUUCCUCAUGCAGCUCCGAGACCAUGACCUGGUACCUGAGGAUCUCUACAAGGAGGUAAUAAAGAGGAAAAGUAAGAAGACAAUACAGGACGGUGUGUAUAAGAUUUUGGACCGGGUGGAGAAAAAUGGAGGAGUGUACGUGAAAGAAUUUUGGAAGUGUGUGUCAGAGGACCACAUCCAGCAGGAAUACCAUGUUUUCCGCACACUGCUAAGGAACCUCCAGGAUGAUUCCUUUAAGAAGCAUGUAAAGCUUCCCGAUGCAGAGAAACCACUUAGGAAUAAGGAUGGUGAGAAAGAAGCACAAAUGAAGGGUACAAGAAAGAGAAAGAGAGGUGAUGAAGAGAUAAAGGAAGAGGAACCAGGCCCUUCAUCAGGAUCCAGCCAGAAGAAAGCAGCCAAGGAGCCCACGUUCUGGGAAGAGUGCGUUUUGUCAGAGGACCAGUGGUUCACCCCACAUGAGUUUGAGAGAUUUUCAGGAAAGGGAAAUAGCAAGAACUGGAAACACAGCAUCCGCUACCGAAACACCCCACUGCAGAACCUUCUAAACGAGGGUCAUUUGCAGUGUCCACGCACUUACAGGCGCUAUGAUCAGAAGAAAACAAGACUUGCUUCUAGCUGUGUGGCGGAAAGCUCCAGCCCUCUGUCCAAUGUAAAGAUUGAAGAAGAGGACAUAAAACAAGAAGAAGAAGAAGAAGAAGAAGAGGACAUAAAACAAGAAGAAGAAGAGGAAGACGACAGUAAGCCAGUGGAUUUGUCAAAAUUCCAAAAUUUUGCUUUACCAGUCUGCUGUGGAUCUGCCAGUGGGACUUUAUAUAAAAGCAGAUUUGCAGGGCCAAGCAGUAAGAGCAUCCGAACAGAGGAGCACUGGUUCAGUCCUGAGGAGUUCGUAAAGCAGGAGAUAACUCUGACAGAAGGACACUGGAAGAAAGAUAUACUGUGUCACGGCAAAACCCUCAACUACCUGGUGAAGGAAAAAAUCCUGUAUAUCCAUUCACUGCUGUGUUACUGUCGUCUGUGUUGUCCUGAAAACCAGGAUCAUGAUAAUGAUGAUGUGUGCUACAUCUGUAACACUUGGGGAAAUCUGGUCUGCUGUGACGGGUGUCCACGAGCCUUUCACCGUGACUGCCACUUACCAACUCUACAGGAAGAUGAAACUGAGGAUACAUGGAGGUGCACUUUCUGUGUGCAAAAAAAAACUAACCAGGGACUGCGGAUUAAAAUGAAUCUUACAGAGGCUUUGCAAAGUCCUGUUUCUGGAAAUUGUAGGCGUUGUGAGUAUAUGCUGUUGCGUUUGUAUAAGGAGGACACGCGGCGUGUGUUUACAGAUGACCCUACUACAACAGUGGAGAAAUACAGCAGUAUGAACCCCAAGCCCAUGUGGCUGAACAGAAUGAAAACCAAGCUGCAGAAUAAGGAAUAUAAAACCAUGGCUGAGUUCGUGAAUGACAUCAUUCUCAUUUUCAACAACUGCAAGAUAUUUAACAAGGCAAGAGGAAAAUUCGUGGCUAAUGAGUUUGGCAAGAUGGGAGCUAGACUGUUCAACAUGUUUGAAGAAGAUCUUCACACUGUCUUCAAUUUCCAGUAGUGUCUUUACAGUCCAGUAGUGUCUUUAAAAUUCAGUAGCGUCUAUAAUAUCCAGUGGUUUUGGUCUUUGGCGGCUAAAAUCAACCAUUGUUUCUACAUUUUAAAGUUAAGUCUUCACCAUAGAAUCUUAUUGUUCACAAAGCAUAGUUAGUGUCUAACUUUUAGAGUGAAUUGAUCAGCUUCUAUAAUUCUUGUUGAACAUUUUAGUCAUUUUAGAGCUAGCAUCCUACUGAAUUUGUGCCCGAUGUCUCUCACUAAGUGUGUUCCUAAAAAUGAAAGCGUGUUGUAAUAUAAUAUUAUAAAUUCUUAAUCUAUGUCAAUUCAAGUGAAAUGUCUAAAUACUAUUUUCUUUUGGAUCUAGCAUUUUCUUUGUAGUAAUGUACUAACAUUGAUGUCCAUAGAACUUGUAAAGAUGGAAAUUAAAGCUGACAUUUUUUUCUUUUUUCUUUGUUAGCCCAUGGACAGAUGUGUAUGACUCUGCAAUAAUCAUAUCUAAAA